AUGACCCGUCAUGACUCCAACCACGUCGCUAGCAUCAUGCUCUCGUGGCACUCACUCGAACUCAUCUCAUGUACCAACCUACAGACCCUAUGGGCCGGUUACGGGCAAAUAUGUGCUAUCACAGUGCGUGCCACAACGAACAAAGCAGCCGAACAUCUCAGUAAGCUAUGUGGGGUGGAACCAGGUCGUGUGGGGACAACGUAUCCCCUCAUCCUAAAGCUUAUCUCACCGCCCCGAAAAAGCACCAGCACUGCAGAUGAGGGCCAUCUACGAAAGAUGCUAAGCUAUGAGGUAGAGCAAUACUUCUAUAGUGAAGUAGUUCCGCAAUUGGGCUCCGACAUAGCCAUAGCAAAAUGCGUUGCCUCGACGCGCGACAUGGGCAACGCGACAGGCUCAUCAGAACUCAAAGGACUUAUGGCUACGAUCAUGAUCGAUCUGCGUCCUGAAUUCCCCGUCGCGGGUGAGAAAAGGGGUGCACUAAACGGCACACAAGUGCGCGCAGCGCUAGAUUGGCUAGCUAGCUUCCAUGGCCGCUCACGGGGACUGUUGCCAGCUAGUCUUGACGAAUACGUGCUGCCGCCGCUUGAAGAAAGCAGUAGAAGACAGAGUUCAGAAAAGGAUAUUUGCACCGGGCUGUGGCUCAACGGGGGAUAUACGUACCUUGCGACGCGACGUAAAGAGUAUGCAUCUCUUGCGCAGGACACAGACUCGGAGUGGUCAGAUGUGCUGUGCCGGAUUUCGGAAGAGUGUUUAUUAUCUGUAGCGGAGAUGGUUGCAUUGUUCUUGACGCCCUGUGGGAGGGCGACUGAGUCGUAUAUUCAUGGCGAUGUCAAGUCGGAGAAUCUCUUCACGACGACUGAUGGAGACAAGGUGGCGUUCUUUGAUUUCCAGUACGUCGGGCUCGGUCUGGGAGUCUGUGACCUCGCCAAAUUGUUUACCUGUUCGGUUCCUUUGCAUAUGCUGAUUGAUGGUGAUGAGAAUUUGCCUGAGAAGCUGUCUAUGUGUGAUGGCGAGAGGGGACUGUUAGAGCGGUAUCGCACAACCCUCCAGGACGAGGAUUCAGAACUGUACGAAUGGGAAACGUUCAAACGACACUGGGAGACGGCUUUGGUUGACUGGUGUAGAUUCCAGGCUUCGUGGGGCUUUUGGGGAAACACAGAGUGGCUCGAGGCCCGUGUAAGAUCAAUCUUGACUGACCAAGAGUGGAGAGAUUGGUUGUAUCAGAAUAUCCGCAGUCGGUUAUAG